AUGGCGCCAACAUCCAGAUCUAGGUCUGCGCGACGGCAUGCACCGCUGGAAGAAGAUCUCACAGCUACUGGUCCGCUGCGACAUCGUUCAAAGAAGAGAAAGGCAAGGCCCGAGGAUGAUGGCAGCGGCUAUGUGGAUUCGAGGUCGUCCAGAAAGAUUCUCAAGAUCGGACAGGACCUAGCAGAUGAAGAGCAGCAGGAAAACGUGGCUGCAGCGCCCAAUCCAGCGUUUACUUUUGAGUCACGCUUCGGUGGAGCCAGCGCGCCAGAAGAAGAAGAUGAUGGCCGGUAUGAUGAUGAGGCUUGGGGAGACGAGGAUGAUAUCAUCCAGGAAGCUGAGAUUGAUCCGGAUGACUUGAGUCUCUUCGAUAAAUUCAUGCCAUCGACUUCGGCAGACGCCAUCCUACAGGCGACUGCCAACAAGAGUACUGAAGAAGAACAAGGGACCAAUCUGGCAGAUCUGAUCUUAGAGAAGAUUGCCGCACACGAAGCUACGCAAACGGGGCAGCCUAUGAUACAAGGCGGUGGACCGCCUGAGGAAGCUAUCGAGUUACCAGCAAAAGUGGUGGAAGUGUACUCAAAGAUCGGCAUGAUUUUAUCUCGCUAUAAGUCCGGCAAACUUCCGAAGCCUUUCAAGAUCGUUCCCACACUACCGCAAUGGGAGGAGCUCCUCGCCAUCACCAGACCGGAGUCUUGGACGCCAAAUGCAUGCUAUGAAGCCACCAAGAUCUUCAUAUCGGGGAGCGCUGGUAUCGCUCAAAUGUUCCUCCGAAACGUAUUGCUCGAACGCGUGAGAGAAGAAAUCCACGAAACGAAGAAGCUUAGCGUUCACCUCUACAAAGCUCUGAAGAAAGCACUGUACAAGCCAUCGGCCUGGUUUAAGGGCGUAUUGUUUCCGUUACUGAACGAGGGUCAAUGCACGUUGCGCGAGGCCCAAAUUAUUUCCAGCGUCCUAGCCCGAGUAUCGGUACCGGUCUUACACUCAGCCGCAGCCCUGCUCAGAUUGACCGAAAUAGCAGCAGAGCAGACAUCUUCAAUAUCUACGGAAGCAGCCGGGGCGACCAACAUCUUCAUCAGAAUACUGCUGGAGAAGAAGUACGCGCUUCCAUACAAGGUCAUUGAUGGCUUAGUGUUCCACUUUCUCCGAUUCCGCGUCACACCACCAGCAAAUGGGCGUGAUGUAGGCUUCGGAGCGACUAGCCUCCCAGUGCUGUGGCACCAAUGCCUGCUCGCAUUCGCGCAGCGGUACAGGAAUGACAUUACGGAGGACCAGCGGGAAGCUUUACUGGAUCUUCUACUUGUCAGGGGGCACAAAGCCAUUGGACCAGAGGUUCGACGGGAAUUGUUAGAAGGUCGGGGUAGAGGUGUGCCUCUAGAGGAGCCUCUCAGCGGUGGGAACGAUGAUACCAUGGAGCUCACAUGA